AUGGCUUUUCUCGAGAAGGCCAAGAAGGCGGCGCUCUGGUUUGCCCAGACGUACUGGUUCUACAUCGGGCUGGCGAUUUUCGUGGUGAUCGCCCGGUUUGCGCCCAAUUUUGCCCGCCACGGAGGGCUUAUCCGCGGGGAGUACACCAUCGGGUACGGCGCCGUGGCGAUCAUUUUCCUGGGCUCGGGGCUGUCAAUGGGCACGAAACAGCUGAUGGCCAACAUGGCGAACUGGCGCGCGCACACGGUCGUGCUGGUGCUGCAGUUCCUCGUCACGCCGGCCAUAAUGUACGGCUUCUGCUGUGCGAUCAAGGCGGCCCACAAUCCGCAGAUCGACGACUGGCUGCUUGUGGGGCUGAUUGUGACGGCGUGCUGUCCGACGACGGUGGCGUCGAACGUGGUGAUGACGCGGCAGGCCGACGGAAACGACCUCCUGACGCUGAGCGUGGGAGUUCGGCAACCCCGCCAACGGCUCGUCGAUUACGCGGGUUUACAGAGACGUGAUGCAGCAGAUCGGGUGCAGCGUGUUUGUGCCGACGUUUGUCGGGCAGGUGGUGCAGAACCUGUUCCCGAAGCAGACCAAGUGGUUUCUGACCACGUUCCGGUUCAACAAGGUGGGCUCGUUCAUGCUUCUGCUGGUGAUGUUUUCGUCGUUCUCGACGGCGUUCUACCAGCACGCGUUCACGGCAGUGAGCCACGCGUCGAUCAUCCUGGUGUGCUUCUUCAACGUCGGGAUCUACAUGCUGUACACGGUGAUCUGCUUUGCCGUGUCGCGGCCGGUUUUUCUGAAAAAACUGCCCGAGCCUGCGAAGCAGGGUGCGUAUGCUCGCUUCCACAAAACGGUGACCCCCUUCUACUACAGCCGCCCAGAUACAGUGGCCGUGAUGCUGUGCGGGGCGGCGAAAACGGCCGCCCUGGGGGUGGCGCUGGUGUCGGCCCAGUACGGCGACAAGAGCGAGCACCUGGGCACGCUGCUGGUGCCGCUGGUGCUGUACCAGAGCGAGCAGGUGCUGUGCGCGGGCUUCCUGACGCGGUUCAUGAAGAUGUGGAUCCAUGCCGAGGACAGGGAGAAGGACGAUGA